GCUAAUUUACCCAGAUCAUAGAUAAACGCAUCCAUCAGUGUCUUCCUCGCAGGGUUUUCUACUUCUUCGCCGACCAUCUUUGAAGUAUUUCAUGGAUGCAAGAACUCUGUAAGCAUCCCUUCGUUCUCGUUCGGCUCCCAAUGCCGGAGGAUGCGUGCGAUUCAUAUGAAAUCGAUUGCUAUUCGUCUCUUCUUGUUCAUAGGAGAUGCCCCAAGAUGUAUGGGAAGGGUUUGAAGGAUUAUGUGGAACAAGUUCCAGGCUCUCGAUCUGGGUCAUUGUUCUCUGAAAGAACUCUGUAUCCGUAUGUGACCGGCGCGGCUUUGGUCGCAGUCGAGUACAAAGAUGGGAUUCUGAUGGCUGCUGACAUGGGAGGUUCUUAUGGAUCCACCUUGAGAUACAAAACUAUUGAGCAAAUAAAGCCUAUUGGAAAACAUUCUCUCCUGGGUGCGAGCGGAGAGAUAAGUGAUUUUCAGGAGAUAUUGCGUUACCUUGAUGAACUGAUUCUUUACGACAAUAUGUGGGAUGACGGGAAUUCCUUGGGGCCCAAAGAGGUGCAUAAUUAUCUGACUCAGGUUAUGUAUAAUAGGCGGAACAAGUUCAACCCAUUGUGGAACUCACUAGUUCUAGGUGGAGUUAAGAAUGGACAGAAAUAUCUUGGCAUGGUUAGCAUGAUAGGCGUGAGUUUCAAAGAAAACCAUGUGGCUACUGGGUUUGGCAAUCACCUUGCACGGCCAAUUCUUCGUGACGAGUGGAACGAGAACUUGAGUUUUGAAGAUGCUGUUAAGCUAUUGGGGAAGUGCAUGCGCAUUCUUCUGUAUCGUGAUAGAUCUGCAGUCAAUAAGAUUCAGAUUGUAAAAAUCACAGAAGAAGGAACAACAAAUUUUCCGCCCUACUCUUUGAAAACCUUCUGGGGCUUUGAAUCAUAUGAAAACCCCACUGCUGGUGAAGAAGGACAUCAUUUGAAGAUGACCAACUAGAAUAAAGUUGGAUGAAGUCUGAUUUAGAUGCAAAAUACCCUUGAAGGGUAUUCCCCGUUGGUGAUCUUGCUGCGGUUAUGUAUUUCAGCAUUCUAUCAUAUCCCAUGAUCGGAUUGCAUUUUUUGUUAUCGUUUAUAGAAUGGAGUUGAACUCAAUAUUUGGAACUUUA